AACUUUAAUAUUAUUUUAUUGUGUAGAUAUUAUCACAACUCCCAACAGUUCAUCAGCAUAUACAUACCAAAACAAAAACUUCCCAUAAAAACAGCCAACACACACACUUGGAGAAAGAUAUUUUGGAAAGGUCAUCUUUCUUGUUUAGGGGUUUGAAAAAAAAGCUGCUGUAAAAGGGGUUGUCUGUACUUGUUUCCCUUUUCUUGUGUUAAUUUUUUGGUCAGCUUCACGGUUAUAUCAGGAAAGAACAAAAUUAGUUGAGCAAAUCAUCUUCUGUCGCGUAAAGGUGUGAACUCUGUGAUUAAAGGCUGAAGAUCUUUAGACUGAUUCUAGUCUAAUAUAACUAGGGAAAAAAGAAGUUAUGGGUUAUAUAUGUGAAUAUUGUGGAGAGCAAAGAUCGAUUGUAUAUUGCCGGUCCGAUGCAGCUUGCCUAUGUUUGUCAUGCGACCGAAAUGUCCAUUCAGCAAAUGCCCUUUCGCAACGUCAUUCCAGGACACUUAUAUGUGAAAGAUGUAAUUCACAACCAGCUGUCGUUAGAUGCAUUGAUGAGAAAGUAUCUCUUUGCCAGAACUGUGAUUGGUCAGGUCAUGCUAGUAGUUCUACUUCGGGUUCGGGUUCAAUGCACAACAGGCAAGCACUUAGUAGUUACACGGGCUGUCCUUCCGCUGCCGAACUUUCUAAUAUCUGGUCAUUUCUGUUAGAUGACCCUUCGAUUGGUGGUAAUUGUGAACAGAGAAUGGGUUCAAUGAACAUCAAUGAUAACCGUCCUAGGGAUAGUGAAGGUCCUCAAGGUAAGGACAAUUCACAAAAUACGCGUGCUGCAUUCGAAGCGAAUGACAUGAAUAUUUCGGAGAAAUCGAAUCUUUUAAUGGAUUCAUCUAUGCAUACUCUUGACAACAAGAUGCAUAAUGCGGACCUACCUUUUGGAUCCUCGAAUUCUGCAUCGUCAAAGGGCGGCUAUAUGGGAGAAAAAGGCUCUAGUUUAUUUGAGGAGGAUCCUUACUGUGAUAAUCUCAUUAUGGAUUCGGUGGACUUGAGUGUUGAGAAUUAUGAAGAGCUAUUUGGUGAUUCUCUCAAUUAUCCAGAUGAGCUAUUUGAGAAUGAAAAUCUCGAUUGCUUCUUUGGGAUGAAAGACAUGAAAAAUGAUGACUCCAGCUGCCGGGAUGCCAAUGCUGCCGAGGGAUCGUCAAUGGCACGGGUAAAUACAGUGCAGCCAACAUGUAGCGAUGCAGCAUCUGCAGAUUCCGCGAUGAGCUGCAAGACGGAUUCUAUCCUUUACUUUGCUAGACAAUCUAGCUUCUCAGUUUCCAACCAAACUGGAGGAGAAUGCAGUGCUGGAGAUCACCAAGACUGCGGAGUCUCCCCGAUGCUCCUAAUGGGAGAGCCGCCAUGGUGUCCUCCAUGUCCUGAAAUUUCGUCCCCAUCGACUAGCAGGAGCAAUGCUGUUUUGCGCUACAAGGAAAAGAAGAAGACAAGGAAAUUUGACAAGCGAGUAAGAUAUGUUUCCCGCAAGGCAAGAGCUGAUGUCAGAAGGCGUGUGAAGGGACGGUUUAUCAAGGCUGGUGAUGCUUACGACUAUGAUCCUCUCCCGACCAGAAGCUAUUGAUGGGGAUCACGUUUUUCCCGCGCAAUGAAGCUCAAGCAUAGCAAGCAGCUGCGACGUGCCUCCUUUUGUCUACUAAAGAUUGCUGCAGAGAAACGAGAGUUCGCCUUUCUGGAGCACACGAUCAACUUUCUUUCCGGAGAGUGAUCAAGGUUCACCUCGAGUACGCUGGACUUUCUCUGCUUCUGUUCUUGCAACUCUAACUAGUCGACUUCACACAUCUGAAGUACUCACGAAAUCAGUUGUACGUUAACUUAGGUCCGGAGAUUGUGAAUUCCUUGGUUAUUAUGUUAACUUAUCAUGUGUAUAUUUUGGUCAGUGUGUAGAAAUUAAGUGCUAUAAUGAGCUAUCGAGAUAGACACGAAGCUUGCUUUUGUAAACUAGUUCAUUUACAUUGUAAGAUAAAAUGGCAAUAUUUACGCGAGGUAGCCACUUUUGUGGCCUUGUAUUUAGAAGUUGGCCUCUUUUUCAAAAUUUACCUGUGGUUGGAAUAUUAGUUUUGAAUUUUAAACUUCAGACCGCUGGUCUAAUUUUGAAAAAGUUGCUAACUUCUAGGUACAAGGCCAUAAAAAUGGCUUACGUAAAUCAGCCGAUAAAAUAUGUAGUAGAGUAUCAGAGAAGUAGAGUCUUGAUAGGGCCAAUAAUAUUGUUGUAGUUUUUGCUACUGGGGCCAUCACAUUGGAACAUGUAUUAUCAUCUUAUUGUUUCUUGAAAUCCAGUACUAUAUAUGCCAU